AUUGGAAGACGAUUCAACCAAUGAAAACAACUCUACGGGUCAUUGGGCGGGACUAAGACAGGUCCAACGAAUCACAAGCUGUAAAGAGUUUGAUUGACAGCCAAACGUUUAACUAUUGACGGACCCUCUCCAAGUGGUCGCGUCGUUCUUCGGACAUUACGGUCAGCCAUGUCACUGCGGCCUUUCAGCUUCCCUUUGCCAGAAACUCGUUACUUUAGGGCUGGUGGUGGUUUGAUCUACAAGUUCAAGAUCAGAGGAGGCAGCAGCUUCAGAGAUGAGGAAAUAACUGGAGUAGAUUCCAAUAAUCAGGAAUUGGAGGAAAUGAUCAGGACUGUUCUUGGAAACCUGGAGCAUCUCCAGCCCUUCUCCUCUGCCCACUACACGGCCUUUCCCUACAGGAAGCGGCGGGUGAGAAAGUGCAAACGUGCAGGGAAAAAGUUGAAAUUCUACCCAUUUACCGUCCUCCUGUACCUGGAGAAAAACCUGAACUGCGGAAAGCAAAUAGAAAAGGACAAAUCUGUUGGUGACACGUCAAAGCGCAGGAGGAGAAACUCACCACUAGAGGGCGCCACAGCAAAAGGUUUCUUCAAAGACAGUGCGCUGGACCUGUGCAACCAGGACACAAAACCAGAGGAAGAUCCAACAGCCUUUGAUGAGCCCGAGAUGACUGAGGACACAGAGGGGCACAGGGGGCCUCCUGCCAGCCCAGGACUCCUCAGAAGACUGCUGAGACACAUUUGUGGGUUCUUCUUCAGAUCCGAUGGAGGUCAAACCUGCAAUGGAAACCCUCAGAGUAAUCUGAAAAAAAUAAUCCACAAGUGAAAUUAGCAGAAAAGACCUUUUAUUGAAAGACAGUUUAACACAAAGUACACAGUUCUUGUUUGUUUUCAUUUAAAUGCAGUUUGCAAUAAUCUUUCCUUUUUUUAUUAACAUAUUUACAUAUUAACCUUUUGAAGUUCAAAUUCUUAAAUAUAAAUACAUUUAGUACAUUCUUGGG